AUGGCAAUGGAAAAUUCUGUUCAGACACCGACACCCCUAUCCCCACCAAAAAAGCGAGCACAGGCGCAGGGACAAGCACAGGGGCAGGGGCAGGGGCAGGCGAUACCAUCCCCAGCAUCCGCAUCUUCAUCGACGCUCAUCCUCUCUCUCUCACUCCCAUCUUCAUCCUCGUCUUCCCUCGUAAAACCCGCUCCUGUACCUGUAAUAACAACAGCACCCUCACCCGCACCCGCACGAGAUGAAGUCGCGGUUCCAGCGCGUGCCCAGCCACAGCAGCAGAUGAAGCAGCAGAUGAAGCCGGCGGCACUGAGCUUCGCGUCGAUCAAUGCGCACGCUAGAGCGCAUGGGCAUGUUGUCACGCAGGGCGAGUUCGGCGGCGUAGGCAUGGGGUUUGGCCAUGGAUCCGGAGGCGGGUUGGGUGGUGUUGGUGUACGUGCGGGUUUGGGUGCGGGUUUGGGAGGAGGUGCGGGUGCGGGAUUAAUAGGAGGAGGACUUGGAAUGGGAGGACUUGGAAUGGGAAGAGCAGGAACAGGGACGGGAGGAGGAGGAGGGACAGGAGGGGAGGAACAGGCGAAGAUGAGCGCGCGCGGGUUCGUGCAGCCGCAUCGGAGCCAUUUGCCGCGGCGCUCUAAAACUAGGACUGGGAUGCGGGGUGGUGGUGGUAAGGGUAAGGGUGCCGGUGAGGUGAAGGAGGAGGAAAAGGACAAGGAAAAGAGCAAUGAAGAGCCGAGAUCGGGCGGGGUGCCGGACGAUGUGUUUGGUGAUGACGGGGAAGGAGAGAUAUCAGCAUCUGUGUCAGCUCCAGUGCCAGUACCAGCGUCAGCACAUGCCGGAACACCAACACCAACACCAGUAUCAGCAUCAGCGUCGAAAUCGAAAUCGAAAUUGACACAGGUGCAACAGUCAACGUCAACGUCGACUUCUACCCCUACCCCUAUAACAAACACUUAUCGUCCCACUGCGCCUUCGCAAACUCCUGCACCUUUGCCCUCAUCACAAACGCAAACGCCUACUCGAACGGCCUUCCCGCCGUCCAUCUCCGCCCAGAAUGCCUUACAAGGCCGAAAAGGCCGGCAAGGCCCGGCUAGCCUUGUGAUGCCUCCCAAUCUGAGAGCGUGCCUAAGAAGUAACCGUGAUUGA